ACUGGUUUUAUGGAUGUCCGAUUCAAAUUUGAUCGGAUAAAUCCCGGAUAGGAUCGGAGACAUGGCAGCUCUUGAGCUUCUGGAUUUAUCAAUGAACAGAUUAACGGGGAAAAUCCCGGAUGGUUUGUUCAUGUUAAAGAAUUUGAGUGCAUUGUAUCUUUACAAGAACAAGUUUUCCGGAGAGAUUCCCCAGGUAAUUGAAGCAUCCAAUCUGAUUGUGCUUGAUCUUUCCAUGAACAAUUUGACCGGAAUAAUACCAGAUGAUAUUGGGAAACUACAGAAGUUGAAAAUUUUGAGUCUGUUCUUCAAUCAAUUGUCCGGUGAAAUUCCUCAGAGUCUUGGACAGAUACCGACAUUAAAAGAUGUCAGAGCUUGGUUUGUCCAGAGAUUGAAGGCAGCAACAGCAGCAGUAAAGAUGGCCUCUGAAACUUUUGUGCAGCUAGCAAUUCCUCGCUUUGAUGAACCAACUGCUGUGAUGUUAGAAGCUCAGAAGGCAGAGUUGGAGGCUUUAAAAUUGAAGGAUCUCAAAGCCAAAAAUUAUCUCUUUCAGGUAAUUGAUCGGACAAUCUUGGAGACUAUUCUUUGCAAAGAUACCUCCAAGACAAUGGCAAUUGUCAACAAAUUAAGGACCCAUGGUGAUAAGACACAAGAUGUUACUAUUGUUGAGAAGAUACUUCAUUCAAUGACACCAAAAUAUAAUUUUGUUGUCUAUGCUAUUGAUGAGGCAAAUGAUCUUGAUGAAAUGUCACUUGAUGAACUUGAAAGUUCCUUGUUGGUACAUGAAAGGAAGCUAAAUCGCCAAGAUAAGGAGGAAUUAGCAUUGAAGGUAUCAACUGAUCACUAUUCUUCAACACCACAUAAAGCCAACAGAGGUAGAGGCAAAGGAAAUAUGGAUCGAAGGAGCCAUCAAACUCAAUCUUAUGAUUCCCAAGGGAGAGGAAGGGGACGUGGCAAAUGUCAUUCAGCAACUUACAAGCCAAAGUUUGCAGACAAGUCUACCGUUGAGUGCUAUCGAUGCCAUAGGUAUAGACAUUACAAAUCUAAAUGCCGAGCUAAUUUGCCUAAGAUGGAUGGAGAAAAGUCUCAUUUUGCAGAAACAGAGGAAGAAAUAUCUUUGUUGAUGGUUUGUCAUGCAAGGGAAGAAAAUAACAAGAAUUUGUGGUAUCUCAACACUGGUUGUAGCAGCCAUAUGUGUGGAGAUAAGUCUGUUUUCUCCACAUUAGAUGAAUCAUUUCGAGAUACCGUGAAAUUUGGAGAUAACUCAAAAAUCUCAGUCAUAGGAAAAGGGCAGGAUGUUUCCUCUCCAUCUCAAAACUCCUGGUCAGACAUGCUUCUCAGCAAGAUUAAACGAUGUGGCUUGGCUAUGGCAUUUUCGCUAUGGUCACUUGAAUUUUGGAGGCUUAAAGACAUUUCAGCAGAGAACCAUGAGUCCAUCCUUGGUAUGUAUCCAGAACCAGCUGUCUUUAACUCCUUGCUAAAGGUUGACAAAGUCCAAGUCUUGAAGUAUUUGUUCCCUUGCCACUGCUUCCCAUUCAUGCAGUUCACGUCUCCAGCUCAGCAUAAAUCUAAAGCUUUUGUAGAUUUUAAAAGCUACAAAGUGCUUGUUGAGAAAGAAGAUGGUAGUCCAAUCAAAGUUCUUCGCACUGAUCAUGGAGAAGAAUAUUGCUCAAAUGAAUUCGCAAAAUUUUGUGACAAUCAGGGGAUUAAGAGGCAAAUUACAGCAGCUUAUACACCUCAACAAAAUGGUGUUUGUGAGAGGAAGAAUCGCACUAUUUUGGACAUGGACAUGACACCAGAGGAAGCUUGGAGUGGACGCAAACCAACAGUGGAUCAUCUUAGAAUUUUUGGGUGUGUUGCUUAUGCCCAUGUUCCAGAUCAGAAGAGGAAAAAGCUGGACAACAAGGGAGAAAAGUGCAUCUUUCUUAGUGUUGAUGAUCAAUCAAAAGCCUAUAAACUUUAUAAUCCAAGCACCAAGAAAAUUGUAAUCAGCAGGGAUGUUGUUUUUGAUGAAGAACAGACUUGGCCAGGGAGUAAAAAUGGUACUAGUAAGUGUAUUUCUGUAGAUUUUGAUGGUGGUGAUGAUGAAGAAAAACAACAGUCAAUUGAGAAUGUGCAGCAGCAACUUGAUAUGGAUGAGCAACAAUCAGCAUCCAUUUCAAAUGCUCCAAAAGAUGCUCAAUCUCUAGCAACAGCCAAAGAGGAUGAACAGAGGUCACAACGGGUUAGAAAGAGACCAGCAUGGAUGACUGAUUAUGAGGUGACUGGAAUAGACCAUUCUGAGGACACACCUACUCAUUUUGAGGACACACCUACUCAUUUUGCUCUAUUUUCUGACUGUGAUCCUACAAUUUUUGAAGAGGCUACCACAGAAUCCAAAUGUCAUUGUCCACUUAUGCACGGUAGGCUAAAGACAAAAAUGCACAUGGUGCAUUGUGGAUUGCAGCUAGAUCAUAUGUACGAGUUUUGUCGUGCUGCAUAAAGUGCAAGAAGAUGCUGCUAAAGUAAGCAAGGAUCUAAAUACUGAAUUUUGGAUCCAUAAAAGUGUAGUGUGUAAUUAAUUGGUUUUUCUAAAUUGAUGUAAUUCCCUGUGUAUGCCAGAGGCGUAAGAUGUGAAUUGCCAUUACUUAAAGCCAUUGGAAAAUCUCCAAUUCAAUUCCACAUGUAAUUCAGCUUUUACCAGUAAUAAAGCUUUAUGAAUAGC